AUGCGUUCUUAUUUGUUCCGCGCUACAUCUGAAAUCGUCUCAUUAUCACGUUCCGGCAGAAUUAUUCACGCACGCAAACUAUUCGAUGAAAUGCCGGAACGAGAUUCAGUGGCUUGGAAUGCUAUGUUGACCGCCUAUUCCCGCCUUGGACUUUACCAUCAAACUCUCACUCUCUUCGAUAGCAUGAGAAUCUCCGAUUCCAAACCCGAUAACUUCUCAUACUCUGCAGCCAUAAAUUCGUGUGCUGGUGCAUCUGAUCUUCGUUUUGGAACAAAACUUCAUGCUUUGGUUGUUGUUUCAGGGUACCAGUCUUCUCUUCCUGUGGCUAACUCCCUUGUAGAUAUGUAUGGCAAGUGUUUGAAUCCAAAUGAUGCAAGGAAAGUGUUUGAUGAGAUGAGUUAUCGUAAUGAAGUGACAUGGUGUUCUCUUCUGUUUGCUUAUGCAAACUCUUGUAGGUUUGAUAUGGCUUUUGAAGUUUUUCGUGGGAUGCCUGAAAAGGUUGAAAUUGCUUGGAAUAUAGUUAUUGCGGCUCAUGCUCGUUGUGGUGAAGUGGAGGCGUGUUUGCAUUUGUUUAAAGAUAUGCGCGAGAGUUUGCAUCAGCCAGACCAGUGGACUUUAAGUGCUCUCGUGAACGCUUGUGCCGAGUCGAUGGGAUUGUUAUGCGGAUGCAUGGUUCAUUGUUUUGUGGUUAAAUCUGGUUGGAGCACUGCUAUGGAGGUAAAUAACUCAAUUGUAAGCUUUUAUGCUAAAUUAGAAUGUCAUGGUGAUGCUGUGAAAGUUUUUGACUCUGGUGGUGCUUUUAAUCAAGUUUCUUGGAAUGCAAUCAUUGAUGCCCAUAUGAAAGUGGGGGAUACCCAGAAAGCUCUUCUUGCUUUCCAGCAAGCCCCUGAGAAAAAUAUUGUAUCUUGGACUUCUAUGAUUGUUGGGUAUACGAGAAACGGGAAUGGAGAUUUAGCUUUAAGUUUGUUUUUAGACAUGAAAAGGAACUCUUUCCAGCUUGAUGAUUUAGUAGCUGGAGCGGUCCUUCAUGCUUGUGCUAGCUUGGCAAUUCUAGUUCAUGGAAAAAUGGUUCACACUUGUAUUAUUCAUCUUGGUUUAGACAAGUGUUUAUUUGUUGGCAAUAGCCUGAUUAACAUGUACGCUAAAUGUGGAGACAUAGAAGGUUCGAGGCUCGCAUUUCAUGCCAUUAGUGAGAAGGACACGGUUUCUUGGAAUUCAAUGUUGUUUGCAUUUGGACUAAACGGAAGGGGUAAUGAAGCUAUAUGUAUGUUCAGAGAAAUGGUGGCAUCAGGUGUAAGACCUGAUGAAGUAACCUUCACAGGGCUGCUAAUGACUUGUAGCCAUUUGGGGCUAAUAGAUGAGGGCUUUGCUUUGUUUCAUUCAAUGAGUUUGGAAUUUGGACUUACUCAAAGAAUGGAUCAUGUGGCAUGCAUGGUUGAUAUGCUCGGUCGAGGUGGGCAUGUAGCCGAAGCGCGAAGUUUAGCUAAGAAGUAUUCAACAAGUAAAGAUAGGACCAAUUCAUGUGAGGUUCUACUUGGAGCAUGCUACACACAUGGAGAUUUACGAACAGGGAGCUCUAUGGGAGAAAAUCUAAAGAACUUAGAACCUAAAAAAGAGGUUGGUUAUGUGUUGUUGUCAAAUAUGUAUUGUGCAAGUGGGAAAUGGGAGGAAGCAGAGAUAGUAAGAAAGGAAAUGUUGGAUCAAGGGGUGAAGAAAGUUCCUGGUUGUAGUUGGAUUGAGAUAAGAAACGUGGUGACUGCAUUUGUAUCAGGAAACAAUUCAUAUUCUUGCAUGGAUGAUAUAUCUAAGAUACUAUACAUCCUUGAAUUAGAGAUGAGACACGCAUGGCCUAUUAAUUUUGAUACUCAAUGA